AAGGUGGAAACGAGUGCACGUAACUCGUAAAAACUUGUCUAUUAUGAUGUUUUCUCUUGAUGCUGAUCUUAUUUGUUUAACCCGCAGAGAUGUCUCGAUCACUGCUGGUUGUUGUAACCAUAUUUACCCAACUAAUCUCCCACGAUGGAUUUUUCGUGGUAUCUCUUGCCUCUAAGACCUGUUCUGCGAAAACUGAAGAUUGCAAUUUGGCGGAAGUAGAUGCUGCACAUCCAAAACUUUUUAUGCUGGAUGGUGUUGAGGUGGGACAUGUUCAGGAGGUAAAAUUGGUGGAAGGCAGAGUACACCAGUUAAUUACUAAAAGCCUUAAACCUCUUCUUUUUGAAAUACCAGAAUUUCUAAGCAAUGAGGAAUGUGAACACAUAAUCAAACUUGCUGGCAAAAAAGGCCUUUUUGAAAGCACUACCUUACCUGAUCAUGAAGAUCAUUCUGCUUAUAGUGAUGAGGAAAAGAAUGAAAAUUGUAAGGAUUUACUUUCCAAUGACAGAGAUAGUGAUGGCAAGAUCUCCACAGUUGAGUUUUCCACCUUCAUAAAACAGGAGUUUUCAAUGUCAGUAAGUGAUGCCGAUGUGGACAUGAUGUUGCAAAAAAUAAACUUUGAUAGAGACAGUGAUGGUUUGAUCAGUGAAAAAGAAUGCCUCAAGGGCAAUCAUGUGGCAUUUGACAAAUACAUGACAUACCUGGAAGACAAUCAUCCACGAGAAAGGACAAGACUCAGUAAGCAGACUUGGCUGAGAGUAACAGGCAGCACCGAUCUAGUGUUAAGAGACUUGCAAAGAAGAGUGAUACAGUUGACAAAACUGCCACAAUUUUUUAUUGAAAACAGCGAAGACUUACAGGUUGUCCAGUAUGGUGUUCACGGUCAUUAUCAUGCACAUUAUGACUCUACAAAUGAAUGGAAUGGUGAGGCUUCACGAUGCUGUUUUGGGAAUUACUCUGAUAAUUGCAGCUUGUGUAGGUUUAUGACAGUGCUCUAUUACCUUAAUGAUGUAAAACGUGGUGGAGAAACAGCCUUUCCAGUUGCUGAUGAGAAAAAUAUCAACCAAACGGAAAUUGAAAAGGAAAACCGGACAAAUUUAAGCAUCCACUGCUAUGACGCUAAUGUGGUUGUACGUCCUGCAAGAGGCAAAGCUGUAAUGUGGUACAAUCACAUGAUCAGUAACGUGACUGGUUUGCUUGGAACACACGACGUACGCUCUUUACACGGAGGGUGUGAUGUCCUGGAAGGUUCCAAGUGGAUUGCAAACAACUGGAUAAAUGCACCAUUUGAAUGGAAAGAAGUCAGCUGAUGGCGCUGAUUAGAAUUUAUCUCCAUUUUCGUUUGAAAUUCAACGCCAAAUUCAACGCCAAAUGAAGUCUCUCUAGAUCUUGAUGUAGAGAGUAUAUAUACUUUUGCGAUAAAAGUUGAUAUUUUGCACA